GUCGCCUUCCUCAUACACGGAAAAGCCCUUUAAAUACCAGCAAGAUGGUAUUUCGGCCCCAGCUAGCCUGAGGAGGCGGCCACCCGCUAGAGGCGCCACGCGGGGCUACUGGCGCGGCAGGCGUCUGAGAACAGACCCGGCUCGCAGGGGCGUGAAACGCGGGCCGCCCCGCUUGGUCCUUCUGCGCGGGGCUCCAUGAAAUCACUGCAACCCGAGCAGCCUCCCCGGCGACCGAAGGCGGCGGCUCUGCUCCGGCCGGGAACUCCGCGCCGUCCAGGCUGAAGACUCCGGCUGCUUUUUGCCUCGCGAGGCUGGACUAAGCAGCCCCUUCCCGGCGGACUGCCGCGCCUUUAAAGCGCCGCCGCGUCCCUGCGCCGGGAUCCCGAAGAGGCGGCGGCCUGGGCGGGCGGGCGCGGGAGGCGGGGCCGCGCUGAAGGCUUUUGCGCUGCCCGGGAUCUCGCUCGGCGCAGGCGCGCUCCGGCUCCGCGGGGGCAAGAGGCGCGGCUCCGGCCGCCUGCGAGCGGGAGGAGGCGAAGCCGGGCCGGGCAGGGACGCCGGCGGCGGCGCAAAGGUGGCGCGGCCGCCUCCCGGAGUGAAAGGUCGCGGAGCAAAGGGAGCGGAGGAGGAGGGACGGGUCCGAAGCCCGGCCCGGCUCGGCUCGCUCCCAUCCGAGACCGGCGACGUGCAGCCCAGACGGGGCUGACGCUGCCCGCGCCGCUGCCUCCUUCCUCCCGAUGCCACUCGCCCGAACAUGGACCAAGCCGGGCUCCGGAGCAGGGCGGACCAGCUGACCACCGCGGCCGCGCAGGGGGACCUGGAGGCGGUGCGCAGGCUGCUGGACUCGGGGGCAGACCCCAACGCGGCGAAUGAGUUCGGCAGGACCCCGAUCCAGGUUAUGAUGCUGGGAAGCCCCCGCAUGGCGGAGCUGCUACUUCAGAGAGGAGCCGACCCCAACCGACCAGAUCCCAGCACUGGCUCGCUCCCAGUGCACGAUGCGGCCCGAGUAGGCUUCCUUGAUACUCUGCGAGUGUUGCGCCGAGGAGGUGCGCACUUGGAUCGGACGGAUCGCUGGGGCCGCCUUCCCCUGGACCUUGCCAGAGAGAGUGAGCAGAGCCAUGUAAUCAAUUACCUGCAAGCCUUGGUGGGCUGAAGCAUUUUGCCGGAGGGACAGGAGGAGGACAAGCAGAGAGCGCCCCCUAGGGAAAGAACUAUGCAUUUCAAUGGCACUUGACAGGCAGGAAACCCUGCCUUUGGCCCUAAUCCUGUGGGUUGCCCAGAGAAGGGAGCAAGAGUUGUGGGUUUAGGCUAGAUUGCACAAUUAUUCUCCAGACUGCAGAUGGAGCAUUACAUGCUUGCCUACUCCCCCCCCCCUUUUGGGGAAAAAAAAUCCUGCACAUGGGAAACUACCAGACCAGGUCACAGGGUUAUCUUACGUUUUGUCCUGACAAGCUACUUUUCUGUGUGUAAGCAUUUCUUAUUAUUAUUGUUAUUAUUAUUAUUUGGGGAGUAAUCAAACAUCAGUCAAUCUCCCUUUCUGGAUCGAAUGCACUGUAAGAGCUGCAUUACCUGUUGUUCAGCUCGUUUUUUGGCUUUUCACUGUUUUGCUUUUUUU